AUGGCGCCAAUGCCAGCUUUGACAGCCGCUGAGCGGUUGGAUGCGAUUGACGACUUCUCGUCCCAAUUUCAGCACCAUUUGAUGAAUGUACGAGGGGUUGCUUUGACGGCGUCUCUUCGUUUGGCAAUAGUCAAUUAUGCACGUGAAGCUAUCUUUUGCAGCGAGUGCUCUGACCAGUUGCCACAAAGCGCCUGUCUAAAACCGGGCACGAAUUUCUUUGCUAUGAUUGCCAAGAUAGAGCACAACAAAAACGCGUCAGCCGACACAGAGAUUCCCGACACCACAGCAAAGAUCCUUCGCGCCAUUGUGCACAGUAUUGUGAAUCACCAGGGACGGCUGGAUGCCACUUGGUAUGACAAUGUCAUCCACUCGAUUCUGGAGACCAAGGGAAUCUUGCCCCAGGAAACAGACGAGGAGGAAGAAGAGAGCAACUCCCAACAGCGACAAUAUUUGGCAUACGCCGCAUUUGCGGAGAUUUUGAUUCUGACAUGCAUGUCUCAUUGCCUUCAUGUGGCCUUCUUGGUGCUGGGUCGCCCGCUUCCUGCGCUUCCCUCGCAAUCAGAGCUGAAAGACGGGCUCUCCGCCAAGCAAGGGCCCACAUUGUUGGAUUGGACCAGCCUCUUGAAAAGAGCUCCACGUCGCAAUCCCAAAAUCUGCUUCACGCCUUUUGUUUAUUCAGGGGAUUUCAACAAGAGAAGCCCAGAUUUUCGGCAGAUAUCCAAAGAAGCGUGGCACACAAUGCAAGGCAUGAUGGACCGCACAGCUCCUGAGCUUCCUUUAGGUUUUGCCGUCGAAGACACCGUCUUCAUGGGCCAAAUGGGGGAACUCUUUGCAGUUCCAGACAAAGACUUUAUGGCCUUGUACAACACCGAGUUGGACCCUGCUCUUCGUUGUGCAGAUGACUUUACUCGAUACGAUACAGAAUUCAUCUCUACCAAAGUGGCAGAGGCCUACAACUACGUUAUCCCGGGCCGCGAGGAAGCAUUGCAAGGCUUGGUGGCCGCUGUGACUUGUCGUCCCGUCGACCUGGCCACCGUGUCCAAAGCACGGGAUGUGGUUCUCCAGGAUCAAGGAGAAGGCACUCUUGUUGAAGCGGCUGUCGUGUUGGGAUUAACGGAUGCGGUGACCAAGGUCACAGAUGCCACAGGAAAACAACCACUGGCAGGCCUUUUGUGGACCUUUCUCAAGUUUGUCUUUGCUAUUUUGCGGUACCUUUACGAGAAAUGGAUGUGA